AUGUUUAAUCCGGAGAUCCCUGACGUCCCUUCACAUUUAUUCCACCAAUCUCAUCAGAACAGAGAAACCCUCAAGACGGACCGCUACAGGAUAGACCUGACAACAUCUGCAGGAAGAUGGGAAAAUUGGGUAGUCAAGCUAGAGUUCAAUAAGCUGGGAGAAGGCAAGCAUGGCAACGGCUUCUACAUCAACAUCCCCAACAGCAAACACGACGUUAUCCUCACCGCAGGCCACAAUCUCGUCGACGCGCCAAACCAUUUCUGCACCCAAAUCCGCAUAAUCACACCCCUCGCCGAGAUCCCCGUAUCGAAUAACAAUCUGCGCGUUUGCGAGCGGUACAAAGUCGAGCCUAACGAGAACAACGCCAUCUACGAUUACGGCGUCAUCCUCCUCGACCGAGACCGUAAGGCUCCACGGCGAGGAUUUGGAUUUAAUCUCAUGCUUGGGCUUGCGGCGUCAAGGGAGGGCAGAAAGGAGGGCGAUGUGCUACAAAAUCGGGCGCUAUCUGUCAGUGGAUACAAACCGCAGGACUCGCCGCAGAACUCAAAGCCUACGAACCUGCCGCGGCGUGCGGAAGGAAGCUGCGUCAAGGCGAAUUCGUACCAGCUGAUGUACUCGGCGAAGACUGAGGAGGGGAUGAGCGGGGGGCCGGUAUGGCUUGGGUUUCGGGGCGUCGAGACCGUGGUGGCGGUUCACAAUUACGGCGCCGAAGACAGUGGCGAAGGGAACCGCGGCUCCCGCUUGAAUCUCGACCUUCUAACCACCAUCUUCGGUUUUGAUGACCUCAAGCUCGGGUGGACCAACGUCUCACUCCAGUACCUUGGCUCACCCGCUUACUCCAUGCACCUGCACCUAUAUUCCCCCUCGUCAACAGCACCCGGCAAGAUCGCUCCGGAGGGCCGCGUCCGAGUAGGUAAGCCAGGGAGAUUGGAAACCUGGUUCGACGUCCUCCCCGUGUCAGCGCCGCCCGACGAAAAAGACUCAGAGGGUUGUUACGCCUUCCGCCUUCACGACGUAGAGCCUGCGCGCUGGUUGGGAUGGGAUGCGAAUGGGAGGAAGGUGACGCUUGUGAGUCGGUUUGAUGCGAGGUGCGAGGUUAAGCUUCUACAUGUGGUUAUUCAGCCGGGGAAACCGUUUGCUAUUCGAGCGCAGCUGAAGGCGAAUGAGUGGGUGGAGGUAAGGAUGGGCAUGGCGCUCCUGGACGAGAAUGAUUUGGAGGCACUGGAGGCGGAUCCGGAGAGCUAUGAGGAUACGUCGGAGAUUUUGUUUGAACCUAUAUCUAAGGAAAAGGUAGGAUUGUGGUUUUUCCGUCUUCUUUAA